AUGGUGCCCCCUGGGAAGAAGCCCGCUGGAGAGGCCUCCCACUCCAACCAGAAGUGCAAGCCACUCAGUGAGCAGUGGAAGGAGGAGCUUCCCUGACUGAACUCUGGACAAGUGAAGCUGAUGCUCCGUCUAGAAUGUCGCCAGGCCAUGGUGCGCAACAAGCGUGGCAAAGCCCGGAAUGCCGUCGCGGUGGGCACUAACAUCCAACACCAUGCCCUGCUGCAUGGUGUCACCUCAGGCGCUCACCGCCAGGCUCUGGCAGCCAACCAGGGUCAGCCCGCUCUGGAAGGCUCUGCUGAGGGUGAAGGGACCUGUGGCAGCCUGACAACCACUCCCACCUCUGGGGCCAUCAAGGCGGAGGCAGACCUAGCUGAGGUGGCUGUGCUGACCACUGUGGACUACGUGGCUAAAAAUGUGCCCGAUAACCAAUGUUCUGCCCUGCUUGAGCUGCAGAGGUUCAACCUGUGCCAGGCACUUGGCACAGAGCGUGGCGAAUACUGCAGCCCCAUGAGGGUGAGGGAUAUGCAGGUGGCUGUUGCCGGUGUCUUGCACGCAGAGGCCUAUCAGCACCUGAAAGCAUGUCCAUAUGUGGGGUUGGUAUUAGAAGAGACCAGGGACUGGGCAGAGUCCCAUACUCUGUCCCUGUUGGCCACUUUGGUGUCCCCAUGUGAUGGCCAGCCCGCUACCACUUUUUUGGGCAGUGUAGAGCUACAGGAGGGUGAGGCUAUCGCUUGCCCACGCCUAGACAUCCUACAGGUUUUUGGCAUAUCUGCACCCAAACUGGCCUGGCUCAAUUCAAGCCUCCCCAGUAACAUACUGGGGAGUGUCGGCCUGCAGCUCAGGGCCACUUGCCCAUUGCUCAUGGAUCUUCACUGUCUCCCUGGCCCGACAUACCCUAAGCCCCCUGUCUAUCUGGGUGAAUAUGAGAGCAUUGCCUUGUUCUAUCUGCAUGGUGACCCCAGUUCCUACAUGAUCCCUGAGCUCCGUGCAGCCUUGGACCGUGUAGCUAUUGACUUGGCGGAUCCUCGGCCAGUAUGCUGGUCCUCUGUGUUGCCCAUUGUGGAAGUAGUGGCUGAGGCCUGGCCUUGCUUGGUGCGCAUUUGCCCUGGCCUCCCCGGGUGGACGGCUGCUGCACUGGCCUCACCAUGUGCCAGUUCCCAAUUCACUUCCGUAGCCUUCAACCCCACGCUGCUCUACGCUCUGCCUUUGGUGCAGAAGCUUGCCCUGGUCCUGCAGCACAAAGACCCGGACCUGGUCUUGCUGCAGCCGGUGGUGAUGGCAGGCACAGCUUCGCUGCAAGCUCAGCGCGUCCAGGGCUUCCUGCAGUAACUGGCGAUUUCUGAGCCCGCCCCCAAUGCGGGGCUGCUGCUGGGGCUGCUAGGCAACUCCAGGGCUUCUCUGCUAGGCUUGGGGCACCUCCAGGAAGCUUUCCAGGGUUCCAUGCGUGCGCGUGCGUGGGGUGUGCCCUUCCCCAGACUCUGUUUGGAUGCGGUGGCGAUGAUCUUCGAUUGGGGCGCGCACGGCCAGGGGGCUCUUUGAGUGCUGCUGCAGGGCACUGGUGCACCAGUGCUGGGCGACUUCGUGUUCUUCAAACGCAUGGUGGCCAGCCUCGGGCGCCUCUGCCCACGGGCUCUGUGAGCCAAGCUGGCGUGCGUACAUUCUGAGCUGGACGAAUUCUUCCCUAACUUCUCCUCCCGAGUCUUGGUGCUGCCCUUGGACGCGGGGCUGCUGGGCAAGGUGGGCAGCGCGCAAGUUGCGUGGUGGAGACAGAGCGGCCCGGGGGGCCAUGGUGGCCACAUGGUGAAGAUCGCGAUCCAUGCCGCCCCCCACUGCAUGAGUGGAGCUCUUAGAAAGUAGAUGGGAGAAGGACUCCUGGGGUGGCACUUCACUCGGGUGGCGGCCUCCCCUCCCCUUAGCCCAUGGCAGUGGAAAUUGAAGGGAGAGCACACACAGCCUUAACCGUACUAACCUCAAGCUGACCUACUGUGCUGUCCCUGCUCUUCAGCAGUUCAGACCUCUGGCCUGUGAGGAAAGAGGAGCCGGGGCAAGUGGUAGAGGUGCUAGCGAGGGUCUGGACAGUCCCAGUGCCUUCUGGCCUUUCAGAGUUUGCUUUUCCUCUCUGUUGGGCUUGAGGAAUGGGGGAACAGAGGUGAAGAAGACCAGGUCCCUGAGAAUUUCCUCGUCCCAUGCUUUGCAGUGUCUCUUUCCCCAAGAGAUUGCCAUCCAAAUGCAGUGCUUGUUUCUCUCCCACAGCGCAGUGCUAGCUGGGCACAAACUAAUAGACCAAGUGCACGAUGAUUCCAGGGAGGCAGUGGUGCUCUGCCUCCCCACCUCCUCCCCCUCCCCCUGCUGCCCCAGGGCUUUUCUGUAAUGACUGUGUUUAUAGGCAUACAUCUGCAGAUGCUAAAUAAACCCAUCUUAUGUUUCAGAGGGUUAACACCCAAGAAUUGAAAAGGACUUCUUUUGGUUUUGCAAUUACAGGUCCCAAGAAAGUCUCCAAUAACCUGGAUUGAUAUCUGCUUCUCUCUCUCUCUCUCUCUCUCUCUCUCUCUCUCUCUCUCUCUCUCUCUCUCUCUCUCCUUCCUUAAAACUUGGUUUGUCGGUUCCCAGCUCUCUCCUGCUCCGCUUUACACUGUUAAGACUAAAGAUUGUAAAACCACAGUGUUGUUCCUGGGGGUCCUGAGGACUGGUUUGGGGUCUCACCAGAACUAGAGACCCAAACCUUCAGAAUUCUGUGGGUUUCUUUCUUAUUUAAUUUUUUGGGACCUUUUAGAUUUAUUUUAUAUGUAUGAAUGCUUUUGCCUGCUGCAUAUAUGUAUGGGCACUCUGUGUGUGCCUGAUGCCUGGAGAGGUCAGAAGCAGGCGUUGCGUCUGCUGGAACUGAAGUUACAGUUGUGAGCUGGGAAUCAAACCUAGGUCCUGUAGAAGAAUGACCAGUGCUCUAACCACUGUGCCAUCUCUCCAGCCCCGUGCUGUGGGUUUGUUUUCAUCCCUUCUGUGAGUGGUGUGGAGCCUA